CUGAGAGCUCUGUCCUUGAAGGGAUGCACAGUGACCUUGCUUAUGCUUACUCUGGAGGAACAGGGGAAACAGAGGAGCCCAAAUAGUGAGCGGUGUGUGACUGAAGGCUCUGCAUUCUGCAUGCAAAUGCCACAGCACCGGAGCCCCGGCACGGACGGCACGCUGCUGCACAGAAUGCAGCUUUCCUGACCAGACUGCUGCUACUGCUGUGUUUCUUCUUUUUUUUUUUUUUUUUUCUUUCCUUUUAUUUUUUUUUUCCUCUUCCUGCAGGGUUCUGAAUGAAAUCCUCAUGAUUGUUGCAUGCUUGCUCAAUAAUAGCACGCCCCAGUCACGUCUCCUUGCGAGCACAUUUGGUCGGAAUCACUGAGCAGAAGCAGAGAAGAGCUGACGACUAUGUGCUUCCAACGCAGGUUGCCGGAGCCCCGUGUUUGCCAUUGGCUGCAGUUUUCUGGUUUGUGUGCAGCUUCCCCCAUCUGGAAUAUGAAAAUGGGAUUGAAGUAGAUAAUUGCUAGCAGCGGGUUUUCAAGAGAGGCUUAGAGGGAACAGAAUGCCUCUCACACAGCACAGGCUGCCUGCGCUGAGAGAGCUCUGAGAGAUGAUUUUAGAUGUUACCCACGUCUGAAUCUCCUGGAAACUUUACCAUGGAAGCAAGCCAUUGCGCACAGUCCUGGAGCUAACAUCCAAAAGGGGCAAGGAAGGGGCAGCAGGGCCAGACAAUGGGAUACCUUGUCCUUGGACUGGUCACAAAUAAGCCAGCAGGCAUUCCCCUCCGCUCCCCAGCAAAAAGGGCAUGAAGGUGGCGAUGAACUGAAUUUUACCCAGUGAAGCUUCAGUGGCUUUUAAGAAGGAUGGGAUACACUGACCCUUCGUCAAGCCGGGAUUUGCUGGGAAACAGAACUUUGUUCUUCAUCUUCAUCUGCGCCUUUGCCGUGGUCACCUUGCUGCAGCAGAUCCUCUACGGAAGAAACUAUCUCAAGAGAGGGCUGCAGUUUAGCUGGCAGAAUGGAGAGGAAUUGGCAAAUUGGACCGGCACCUUUAAUUUCACGGAUGACGGAGCAGUGAAGAGUGGCAGUGACACAGGCACCAGGUAUUUUGAGUUUUAUGAAGGGCCUUUGGAAUACAACUCUACAAAAUGCCUGGAAUUAAGGCAGGACAUCAUUGAGGUGAAGGUCUUGUCUAUGGUGAAACAAACUGAAUUGUUUGACAGAUGGAAGAGCCUACAGAUGUGCAAAUGGGAGAUGAAUGUCACAGAAGCCAAUUUAUUCAAGUCUACUCUGUCGAGGUGUUGCAACGCCCCAUCCUUUCUGUUCACCACCCAGAAAAAUACUCCUUUGGGAACUAAACUGAAAUAUGAAGUGGACACGAGUGGAAUCUUUCAUAUCAACCAAGAAAUCUUCAAAAUGUUUCCAAAGGACAUGCCGUACCACCGCUCCCAGUUUAAGAGAUGUGCAGUGGUUGGGAAUGGAGGAAUUCUGAAGAACAGCAGAUGUGGCCGGGAGAUUGACAGUGCAGACUUCGUCUUUCGAUGCAAUUUGCCUCCUAUAUCUGAGAAAUACUUCAUGGACGUUGGGGUGAAGACAGAUGUCGUGACUGUCAAUCCCAGUAUAAUCACUGAGAGAUUCCACAAGCUGGAGAAGUGGAGGAAGCCCUUCUACGACGUGCUCCAGGUGUACGAGAACGCGUCCGUGCUGCUGCCGGCCUUCUACAACACGCGCAACACGGACGUGUCCAUCCGGGUCAAGUACGUCCUGGACGACUUCGAGUCCCAGCAGGCUGUUUAUUACUUCCACCCCCAGUAUCUCAUCAACGUCUCGCGCUACUGGCUCGGCCAGGGCGUGCGGGCCAAGCGGGUCAGCACCGGGCUGAUCCUGGUGACUGCGGCCAUGGAGCUCUGCCAGGAGGUGCACCUCUUCGGCUUCUGGGCCUUCCCCAUGAACCCCUCAGGGAUUUUUAUAACUCACCACUACUACGACAACGUGAAGCCUCGCCCCGGCUUCCACGCCAUGCCCUCGGAAAUAUUCAAUUUCCUCCACAUGCACAGCAAGGGGAUCCUGCGGGUUCACACGGGGACCUGCAGCUGACAGGGACACUGAGAAGGUGUGGCGGGAGCUCGAUGGCCUGUGUAAGGUGUAGGAGGUUUUGUUACACCCCGAGAUUAUGCAAUAAUUGUUUGAUAUAAAUUUCCUCAAGGCAUAGAAUCCCAUAAGAUCUAGGACACCAGCAUCUUUCCUGCUAGCAGAGUUGGGUCCAUAACAGUGUAGGAGAAGCAAAACUCCCGUGCCCCAGGGUACACGCUGUCCUAGAAAGCAAAUCGGAUUAGAAGCACAUUUACAAUACAUUUAGGGAUAAAUAGAGCACAUUAAUAUAUUUACCAUUUCACUAUGGAGAAAAGCACCAAACUUUUGAGGAAAAACAGUGGUGGAGAAUUUUAGCAUAGACUGUAUGACUUUACAUAGGUUUCUGAAUCGAGUACCUUGGGGUAUUGCCAGAUUUUAUUGAACACUCUGUUCUCUGGCCUUUAGGUUUUUGAAAAUACUCUUUAGCAUUAUAGCUUAAUGGGGAUAUAUAACUUAAAAUCUUUAUUCUGUAAUGUCACAAAGUGUUGAUCAAAAAUAGCAGAUAGAUGCGUUAGGAAUAAACAAAAUCACUUUAUGAAUUUUUUCAGUCAGGAUAGAACAGAACAUUGAACUCCCAUUCACAGCAUCAGGUAACUGUGUGAAUUGUGUUGCGAUAUUGUUUUAGAGAUUAUUUCUUCUUCCUUCUUGCAUCUUGCAUUUCUGUUCUCCUCUGCUGAUUGUGCUUCCUUUCUCCUUGUCUGUGAUGCUUUCCUUCUGGCUAACACAUGGCAAUGUGUGCACUUCCUCCUACAGCCACCAUCUCAGCAUCACAUUGGAGUCCUUGCUGAAGAAGCAAGCUCCUUCACAAGGUUUUCUUGAGAUGAAGAGCAAGGGGAUUACAUGGUUAUAUUUUACAAGUUGAUUUUUUGGUUCAGCAUAAGAUAGGAGAAAAACCCGUUUCCUCAUUGACUUUUAUUGAAGACUUUGUAAAAGUACCUGAAUGUUGAUUCUCUGUUGUGCAGGUGGGGUUAACACUUUCAGGUAUCUGUAAUAAGUUGAUGUCAGGAAAUGAAGUUAAAAUUCAGAGAAGUUAUUUUGUGGCUUAGAUUAUGAUGCUUAUUUUAAAAUAAUGCAUCUUGAGACAUCAAAUGUCUUAACGUGGUGUUUUAGUAUAUUGAGAAUGUUAUUAGGAUAGUAAAAGGGCUGGUGGUAUAUUCUUUAAAUGUCAUCAGUGUAGCUCUGUGAGGUAUGCCAAAGCUAAUUUUUCACCUGUUACAGCUGCCAAAAUCCUGAAGCAGAAAAGAUGCCAUAAGCUGCUGGAGUUUAUUUUAUUGUAGUAGGCCACCGGUAUGUGCCCCUUCAUACUGGUAUGGCUGCAUACACAGGGGGUGAGGUUUGCUGUUUCAGCUGUGCUGGCAUAGUUAAAUGAACAGAGUUUCCCUGUCUAAGUUCUUAGUCUGAAGCACUAGGGCUGUUGCCUUGUCUUGUCUUAUGUAGAUUACAAGAUCUUUGAUCAAGGAUUUGAAGUUUAAAUUUCUGUAUGAGGGAUAUCUUUUUUUUGCGCUGCCGGGAGAGGGUUUAAAUCCAAAUGUGGACUUGGAUUUUGAUUUUACAAUGCAUGAAUGCACAAAGCUUCUUUUAAAAGCGUCUGUGCUGUGCUAAGAGCUGUGCAACUUGCUCACACUACAGAUAAAAUGAUCACAAAGAAAGUGAAAGCACGAUGGUCACCAUUUCAAAAGUCCCUGCUGGCCAGCAGUAACCUGGCUGGUGUGUGAGAGUGUAUUUAAUUUACACUAGACUCCCAAGGUCUGAUUGCCUUAGAAGUAACCCAUAUCCUUGAUGAAGGUGUCAGAACUCACCUGGGAAGCACCAGCCAGGGGCAGGUGAAGGACCAGUGCUUAAGCUUAAUAUAUUAUUUGUGGUGUUGUGUUUUAGGUCUUAGAGUUACACUGUGUGUUAUUGAGCACCCCCUCGUAUUGUCUACCUGUGAAAUAGGCAGCACACCCAAAAACCUGCAGGUGAAAUGGUUUCCUUGAUUCAAUAUGCAAAAGAGAUCUUUGUCUUUGCUGUGUUCUGUAAAUUUGUGUGCAAAGGGCUUUGACAAUGAAGUGCUGUGAUGAAAGUGCUUUUUAGAGAGCAAUGUGACACUGCAGGUUGGCCGUCUCGCUGUGCAUUAAGUUUUAUGAUAACAUUAAUGACACUGAAGCUGGUACUUAGAGCCCUUACUCCUUACUCUGCCUGAGUUUGGGACUAGUAGUGACUUCAGGUUUGCUUUGCUGCUGCUGCUCUGCUAAGGUUACCCUCUUUAGUAAGAGAUAGUUCUUUACUAUGGUGAUUGAAGUGAACAAAAUCAACUGAAAGGAGUUUGAGACGUUGCAAAAGGCACUUCAAAAAAGAUGGGAAAGCACUUGAGAAGCAUCCAUAUGUUGACAGAAAUAGUGCAAAUCCCUCUUUUUAGUUGCAAGAAAUCCUUUUGGACAGACAAAAGGAUAAGCAAAACUGCAUUUACAGUUAAUCUGUAAUUACAGGGUCACAGACAUUUCCUUUCCAUUGUUUGCUUCAUGUAGAUGAGCAAUGUAAAUUCACUGUAA